CAAGUUAUAUUUAAUGAAGUGCAAGAAAAAUACGUGCUUAAUAUCGAGUCUUAUUUGCUUCAAUUAUCACUCAACUUCAGAAGAUUCACCAAAGCAAUGGAUCAAGAUUAUCCAAAUCUACAAGAACAUUUGAAGAUUGAAAUUGAUAAUAUGCGAACAACUUGGGAUGAAUUGAAAGCGAUGUACGAGAAUGAAAUCCAUCGGAUUCGAGAUUUCGUAAAGGCUAUCCGUCGCGGUGAAAUCGAUCAGAGUAAGAUUCCUGACGCAUUGAAUAAUGAUCAAACAGGAACGUUGCUAAAGAUGAUAAACGAUUUCACUGAUCAUUUGAAAACGAUGAACAAAAAGGAGCAGUUGAUAAAAUAUUUGAUAGAAAAACGGUUUAUAUAUCAAAAUGCAACCAAUCGAGGCAUUCAAUAUGAAGAUGAUCAACAAACACUUGGACAGAAACUUUUGUCUAAUGCAAAGUGUACACUCAUCAUGUGUUCUAACGACAACUUAUACAAUACCAAUCAAUCAAAAUGGCAUACACUUUGCGAUCAGUUACUGGAAGAGCGUGACAAAAACUCACAGUUACAAUUGAUCUAUGUUGAUUUCUCCUAUUGUUCAUACAAACUCAAUGAUUUCAACAUUUUACGUACGACUGAAAAGAAGAAUAAUGUAAAUGUUCCACAACUGCAGACAACGUCACCACGAGAACCACCGAAAAGUGAUAAGAGUAUUAAUAUUCUACUUCUUGGUGAAUCAGGUGUUGGUAAAUCGACUUUCAUCAAUGCUUUUGUUAACUAUCUCAAAUUUUAUGAACUCAAACAAGCUGAGAAGAAUCCUAUUGUACUCAUACCUGUUUCAUUUAUUAUGACAACUGAUGAUAAUUUUACAGAACGUUUAGUCAAAUUUCAAGGAUGUGAUACUUUAAGUAAUGAAGAUCAUGAUCACCUUGGUCAAUCAGUAACUCAACAUUGUAAAUCAUAUGUGUUUACUCUUAAAGAUGGUAAAAAUCGUGAUCAAAAAUUGCGUAUUAUUGACACUCCUGGAAUAG